AUGGACGAAGAACUGCCUCUUUCUUCCUCUCCCCAAAAGAGGAACCCUGAGGAAGAGGUCCAUGAGAUCGUCGAGCAGCUUCGUACUUCUGCCUAUCUCAACCCGAUCGUGGUAAAUUUCCUGAAGGAACGUCGUCAGAAAGACCUGUUCUACGAAGUUAUUGCUCGUCAGGCAAAUUUGAUCAAGUCACGCAGUCAAUCUUUCGAUGAUGGCCAUAUCACCGUCUACGACAAAGUCCUUCUUUGCCUCACAGAUAAUGGGAAUCGAUUCGAUAAUGCCGCAGCGCAAGAGUAUUUCUGUGAAGAAUUUCUGGGCAUAAGCAAGGAUGGCAACCCUAUGGUGGCUGAAAGGAUCCUCCGGCAUCAUGUCAUUCUCAAAGCCAUUCUAGCCCAAGCUGCAAAUCCCGAGGGCCAAUACGGUGACAAAUACUCCUCCGAAACGAAAUAUGGUCAGAGAGGCCAAGAUAUAGGAGAGGCCGAAGCUGAAGGAACAAAGAAAGAUACGAUAGAACACAAGAUUGAACGACUGACCUCUGUCUACCAAAAAGCCAAAUCUGACUUUGAAGCUGUCCCGUAUCGUGACGGUAUUGCAAAAUUGAACGCCGCUCGUUUCCUCCGUGACACAGCCGAGAACACAGUCAUGUACUUCCGCGACGUAACCAAGUCUGGAGAUGGCCAUGAUGUCAGCAGCAAAAUGCAGGAUCUCAUCGCCGAGCUUGAACAAACCUGCAAAAUGGCCCAAGCAUCGGUUGUCACAUUGAGCGGUGGACGCAAGAGAAAAUUCGAUAGACAUGACUACGAAGUUGCGUCACGAGGCGGGAAGGGUACUGAUUCCCGCGGACCUUCUAAGCGGCGUGGAAGUGCCAGCCACACUGGCGAUGGAGGAGAUCGAGGCCGCAUCUCUAAGAGAAAAAAGGGCUCUCCAAGACCCGAUCGCCGUCGCAAUGUGCAACCGAUUGCUCAACGCUCAGGAUUCUCACGAGAAUAUCCCCUCAGUGAGCAUCGUCCAUUCGGAUACACCCGCCCCGUCGAUUCGUACCAGCCUGGAAAGGAGGAGGAGAAGGGUACAAGCCACAGCCAUCCCUACCCGCAGCGCCGCUACCCCGAAGGAUCAGCUUCACCCAACCGUGGUUACGAAGGCCGCGGCAGGAAGCAACGCGAAGAAGGCAUGUCUGAAGACCCCUCUUUGCGAUACGGACGCGGGUUUGGGCAGGAAUGGGAGGAGGAGGGGAGGAAGUACUACGGCUAUGAGCGUGAGCGUGAGCGUGAACGUGAGCAUGGGCAUAGUUAUGGACAUGGUAGUAGUGGAUAUGGGGGUGGAGGUGGAAGACAGGAGCGGUACUAA